CUAAAAAACGUUUACAGCUGUGUGUAGGGUGAGGGAGUUAACAUAUCCUCAGAGUGUAGCACUCCCAGGGACAUCGACAGCAUUGCAGAGGUGUUUCAGAAAUCACAUCACAGAUGCUUCCCACAGUGUUAAUCACCGCACUAGCUCUGUCAGUGUGCGGUGUCUAUGGCGGGAAAGUUCUGGUGUUUCCUAUCGAUGGCAGCCACUGGGUCAACAUGAAUAUUGUGAUCAAAGAACUCCAUUCCAGGGGACACAACAUCACUGUGUUCAGGUCCUCCGGUAGCUGGUACAUUAAAGAGUCCUCACCACACUACAAUUCAAUCACUGUCGACAUACCGGGGGGGUUUGAUGAGGAGUUUAUGAAGAUGUUAAUUUCUCGUAUACUGGAGAUCCAAGCAAACGGAGAGUCCAGCUGGAAACGCUUAGAGGUAGAGUGGGAGCUCAUGAAACUGGGUCCACAGAUGACUCAGAUGGAGAUCGACAUGCUGGCCAAACUCCUAGAUGACCAAAAGCUUAUGCAAUCCCUCAGGGACGCAAAGUAUGACUUGGUUCUGGCAGACCCAGUAGCUCCGUCUGGGGCAGUCAUAGCUCAUUACCUGAACUUGCCCUUGGUCUUUAAUGUCCGAUGGACUGCUCACGGCGAGGGACACUUUGCCAUAGCUCCAACGCCACUGUCCUAUGUUCCCAUGCCCAUGUUUGAGCUCACAGACAAAAUUAGCUUUCUCGAAAGGGUCUCAAAUGUGUUCUUCUUUGUCUUUUAUGAAUUUCAGGCCCAGUUCCUCACUCGGCCACUGUGGGAUACCUUUACUAACAAAUAUUUUGGUCCUGAUGUAGACUAUUUUCAGUUGAUUCAGGGAGCUGAUAUUUGGCUGAUGAGAGUUGAUUUUGUGUUUGAGUUCCCACGCCCCACUAUGCCCAAUGUUGUUUAUAUGGGUGGGUUCCAAUGUAAGCCAGCAAAGCCCCUUCCUCAGGACCUGGAGGACUUUGUUCAGAGCUCUGGAGAACAUGGAGUUGUCAUCAUGUCUUUGGGAACGUUAGUCAGUGAUCUUCCGAGACGUGUAGUGGAAGAAAUGGCUGCAGCUUUUGCCCAACUGCCACAGAAAGUCAUCAUGAGGUUCACGGGAGAAAAACCAUCGACCCUGGGUAACAACACCCUGCUGGUCGAGUGGCUCCCCCAAAAUGACCUACUUGGCCAUUCAAAGACCAGAGCAUUUGUUGCCCAUGGAGGAACCAAUGGUGUUCAGGAGGCUAUUUAUCAUGGUGUUCCAAUCCUUGGUGUUCCACUGAUGUUUGACCAACCUGACAACCUCUCAAGGAUGCGAGCUAAAGGAGUGGCAAAGGUUAUGGAUGUUUUCUCAGUCAACAGAGACACGUUCCUCCAAGCUUUGCAGGAGGUGCUCCAUGAGCCGUCCUACAGGGAGAACAUGCAGAGGCUCUCCAGGCUGCACAGGGACCAGCCAAUGCAGCCCCUGGACCGGGCCAUGUUCUGGAUUGAGUUUGUUAUGAGACACAAAGGUGCUGCUCACCUGCGCACAGAGUCCUACAAGAUGCCCUGGUACUCCUACCACUCUGUGGAUGUGGUGGUGUUCUUACUUGCAGUCUUGGUUACUUUCAUGGCUAGUUUUGUUUUUGGAAUUAAGUUUCUGUGCACCAGGAUUUGUUGUAAACGCAAGUCAAAAAUAGAAUAA